UGAACGACCACCGAUCGGGGAUGGACUACCACUAAUACUCCUACUACUACCACUACUAUUACAAUUCAUAGGCAUAUAAUAAUUUGCCCUGGGUCAUGAUGAUGGACGGCAUCACAAUCCCUUCAAUCUCGGAGGAAGCAGGAAUGCCACCGGGUCGGACGAGGGAGAGGGAGUGGGAGGAAGAGAGGCAGAGAGAGAGAGGCAGAGAGAGAGAGAGAGAGAGAGGCGGAGAGAGUUCGGUCGAAGUCAGGCCCAGUCCGACGCCGCCAUAUGCCAUUUACUCAUCAUCUGCCCCCAAUAUGCCCAGGUGUACAUGUAUCAUGACCAGACCCCCGGGGCGGUGGCUUGUUCUAUCGUCAUCGUCACCGAUCGCCAACACCCGCACGCUUCUGCCCUUUCCUCCCUGAAAAUGAUGGCCGACGCAGUAGGUUAUUGCUAGGAGAGAACAGACCGAUGUCGAAGAACCGCCCGUAUUGGGAAGAAUGAUGGGUGGGUAGAAACAGCCGACAUCAUUUCUCGGUGAACUCCUCCCGGCUUAUCGCACAGCGAGAGACCCUCCACGACAAGCAGCCCGCCAGCCCGCC